CCUUCCACGUGGUGUGGAGAUGGUAGCCCUGAGCGGUUUCUCAUCACCCAUUGGUCAGUCCUGAGUUUCUGUGGUAAGUAGACCACUAUGAUGUCAGCGGCUGAGGAUGGAUAAUAAGUGACAUCACUGGAAUGUGCCUUCGUAAUCUCCAGCGCGCAGUGUGUAAUGGCGUCCGCUAGACUUGUCAAGUAGUAAAUGAGAGUGAUUUUCUGCUACUGACGAGCUCUGAAUAAUUCCUGCUUGAUUAUUCUUUGGAAAGGUUAUCUCUGCCCUCAGAGCUGGUCUGGGAGGGGGGGUCGCAGAGCAAAGGUUCUUAUCUCUUCCUCAGGGCCACACCGCCUCCUUAUAAGAGGGUGGCCCACAGUCCUGUAGAAGUUCUCAUUCAUUCUCGUCACCUGUCGCUGCUGCCCGGGGACCAUCCAGCGUAAUGCAGCGACUGGCACCGGCUCUCUUGACGCUCCUGUGGCUGUUGGCCAUGCACGACGGUGCCCAUGGCAGCGUCAGAGUGCCCACAAUCGGGGUGAAGCUGUGUGGAAGAGAAUUCAUACGGGCUGUCAUCUUCACAUGCGGAGGGUCCCGGUGGAGGCGAAGUGACCUCAUGCAAACAGGGGACCCCGCAGAUCUUUUUGGGAACCUGAGACCCACAGACAGAGAUUCGGAAGAAGAAGAGAUGUUUGGCGAGUGGGCUACCAACUUACGACCUCCCAACAAUGAAAUCAUGGACUAUGGAUCUCCUCAAACCUGGAGAGACACCACAGUGGGCAGGCAUGGAGCAUCAGAGGACGCCGUAAGGGCAGUGGAAAGGAGAGGAAGAGAGGCAGCACUGGGCUUGUCCAACACGUGCUGCAAGUGGGGAUGUAGUAAAAGUCAGAUUAGCUCCCUUUGCUGAGAAUGAACAUUGUCCCCUAUCCCGGAAACAUCCGUGGAUUAGAGAUGGCUGGAUCACGUUACAUAAGAGACAUGUGUGUACAGAGUGUACGAUCAGUGUGCUGAGCCCCUAGCGGGCUGUGUCCAGUCACAUAUGUGCCGUCUGGUGUGUUAUUUAUUUGUAUAUUAUGCCUCUGCAUA